AUGGCCAGAACGAAGCAAACUGCCCGUAAAUCCACCAGAGGAAAGGCUCCCUGGAAGCAGCUCGCCACCAAACCCAAGAAAGUUGACCCCAGCGUGGGCGAGCUGAUUGUGAAAACCGUGGCCGCUUCCAAGGAGCGCAGCGGUGUGUCCGCAGCUGCUCUCAAGAAGGCUCUGGGUGCCGGAGGCUACGAUGUGUACAAGAACAAGGCCCGUGUCAAGACUGCCAUCGAGAGCCUGGUGGCGAAGGGCACUCUGGUGCAGACCAAGGGCACCAGGGCCUCCAGAUCCUUCAAGAUGAACAAGAAGGCUACUGAAAGCAAAGCCAAGAAACCCGCAAAGAAAGCCGCUCCCAAAGCCAAGAAGCCCGCCGCGGCCAAAGCCAAGAAACCGGCAGCAGCUGCCAAAAAGCCCAAGAAGGCAGUAGCAGCCAAGAAGCCCGCAGACGCUAAGAAGUUGCCCAAGAAGGCCAAGAAGCCCGCAGCAGCGGCCACAGCAGCCACGAAGUAG